AUGAACCUGCCGCCGAGUUACUACACCAUGAACUCAGUGUUCUUCAACAUACCAGUGCCACCGAUGCACCAAGCCUUCCUCCCAAUGCCAGCGUUCCAACACCAGUAUAACCAGAACACCCGGUUUGCCAAACCCAGCAAACCGCUUGCACGUAAACGAAACCACGCGUGUCCUGUGCGUUCGUGUGGCAAGCGCUUCACGACGUCGGGAAAUCUGUCACGCCACAAAAGACUGCACGGCAAGAUUGAUCCGCUGAACUGCCCAGUCGACGGCUGCGUCUGCGAGUUCCCGAGCGCGAAUAAGCUGGAACGGCAUCUCAAGUUCCAUUACGGCGGGGACGUCAAGGUGUGCCGCGUUGAAGCGUGCGGCCGGACGUUUAGCACGACCGGUAACUUGAAUCGUCACAUGAAGAAGCACCACGGAGGAGUGGCCUCCCCCACUGCUGCUACCUCUGUAGUUACUCCUACACAUGACUACAAAACGAAUACGGAGGCACGGAGUCCUUGUGCGAGCAUCAGCGGCGAAUCCGGCACAUACUCGGACACUUCAGUUGGACCAAUUUGCUCCACUCCGUCGGAGACGGGAGCCAGUGUUUUGUUUGACUGCGUAUGGAAUACCGACCUACUAGACACGCUAGCGUGCAUCCUGGACGGCGACGAUGAGCCGGAGCGGGAGAAGGCAAGCCGAUGGUAG